ACCAGUGACGUCAGAGCAAAUAGGAAGAUGACAGCAUGAAGGCGGACGGGCUGUUGUCGUUUGGGACAGUUUAGUCAAUGACAGGUGAAUGUUGAUUGCGAUUGAAUGGCAGCAUCGGACAGUCGGUGGUCUUGUCGGGAUGGCGAGGGGAACAGAUCUAUUCCAAGUGUGAGGGAGACCGGAGUACAGACGGAUGCCAAAGUACAAGGUCAGGAACCUCGACUGUCCAAAGCCAACCUCUUCACAUUGUUGAGUCUAUGGAUGGAACUUUUCCCCAAGAAAGAAGCAUGUCAGCGAGACAAUUAUCCCGCUGGAGACAGUGGUCUUGUGGUGGUCCAUGAGCGCAGGGUCCUGGGUCUGCAUUGCUCCAGUGUGCAGUUGCAUGCAGGACAGGUGGCUGUGGUCAAACAUGGACCCCGACUGAAGGGAUGUGAUCUCUACUUCUCCAGAAAACCCUGUUCAACCUGCCUCAAGAUGCUCAUCAAUGCUGGUGUGAACAGGAUAUCUUACUGGCCCGGUGAUGCUGAGAUGGGCUUGCUGUCAGGUAGACGUGAUCCCGCAGACUCCAGUCACCAGGAAGCCAUCCUCGACGCCACAGCUGCGGAGCGCCUCAAGUCCAACAGCAGGCCGCACAUCUGUGUGCUCCUGCAACCUCUGCACAGCACCAUGCUGCAGUUCGUGGACCACACCUCCCAAAACUGCGACUUCCUUGGGAAGAUUGCGGCAGACAAUCCAACUCUGGAUGUUGCGGAUGUCUUCAGAAAGGAAUGGUGGAAGAACUCAGAUGAUUUCUUGGAAAAGUUCUUUAUAAAUGACGAAGAACAGCAUAUGUAUGUGCUGAACAAGAUGGGACUGGAGAACUUUUGUGUGGAACCAAAUUUUAGCAACUUAAGGCAGCAUAUGAGGAAUCUCAUUAGGAUUCUCGCGUCUGUGGCCGCUAGUGUUCCGGUUCUACAAGACGAAUAUGGUUUCUUCACGAGAGAGCCUUUAGGGACGGGUUCUCCAGCUUUACCUCAGGAUGUGAUACGGCACUGUGUCAUACAAGCCCGAUUAUUGGCGUGUAGAACAGAGGAUCCUAAAAUGGGAGUUGGUGCAGUUAUCUGGGCAGAGGGAAAACAGUCACAAUGUGAUGGCACGGGUCGGCUUUACCUAGUGGGCUGUGGAUACAACGCCUAUCCAGCGGGCUCACAAUACGCAGAGUACCCUCAGAUGGAUCACAAGCAGAAAGAGAGACAGAACAGGAAGUACCGAUACAUCCUCCAUGCGGAGCAGAACGCGCUCACAUUCAGAAGCACAGAGAUAAAGGAAGAGGAGAACACAAUGAUGUUUGUGACCAAAUGCCCGUGUGACGAGUGUGUUCCUCUGAUUGGCUGUGCUGGAAUAAAGCAGAUCUACACUACAGACCAGGACAGCAACAAAGUCAAACACGACAUCUCCUACCUCAGGUUCGACAAACUCAACGGCGUCCAGAAGUUCAUUUGGCAACAGAAAUCUGCAAGACAUACUUCAGAACAAGCUGCUCUGCCUACAGCAAAUGGCAGCAUGAAACGAAGAGACAAGGAACCCCAUUUUCAGUGCAACAAGAGACUGCGAUCAUAGAAAACAUUUCGAAAGCUGCUCUCUUGUCUGUAUGGCGGCAACAGAUGAUGUUAAAGGAAUAGUUCACUUCAAAAUGAAAAUUCUGUCAUCAUUUACUCCCCCUCAAGUAUGAAAUCAGUAUGAGUUUCUUUCUUCUGCUGAACA